UUAAGACACACACACAAACAUGGCGGCCUCUGUUUCACCGCUACGCUCCUCCUUCAGGAUUUGUAGCCCGUUAACGGUACACAAUCACUGCUGCCGAGCAAAACUGCGGACGCACAGAAAAUGCGAAACUCAGAGGAGACAUCUUCACCAGACGGCAAUGAGGCAUGCUGCUGUGGUGAUCUCGGGGACAGAGUUGGCUAGACAGAUCCACAGAGAAAUCCAGCGUGAUGUGGAAGAUCUGGUCGCUCAGGGCAAUAUGAGACCUCACUUAGGAGUGGUUUUGGUUGGGGAAGACCCAGCGAGUCGUACUUAUGUGAGGAACAAGACUCGAGCAGCCAGCAUACUGGGUAUUUCCAGUGACACAGUUAUUCGACCUAGCUCUGUCUCUCAGGAAGAGUUGCUGGAGCUGAUUGACAAGAUGAACCGUGACUGGAGGGUCAGCGGCCUGUUGGUGCAGCUGCCACUUCCUGAGCACAUCAACGAGCGUGCGGUAUGUAAUGCCAUCGCUCCAGAAAAGGAUGUGGAUGGCUUUCAUAUUGUGAAUAUCGGGAAGCUGUGUCUGGACCAGAGGUCCAUGGUACCUGCCACUCCUGCAGCUGUUUGGGAGAUCAUCAAAAGAGCAGGUAUCGAGACAGUAGGAAAGAAUGUGCUUGUUGCUGGUCGCUCCAAAAAUGUUGGAAUGCCCAUCGCAAUGUUGCUGCACACAGAUCGCAACCAUGAGCGUCCUGGAGGUGAUGCCACAGUGACCAUAGCCCACAGAUGUACACCAAGAGAGCAGCUGAAGGAGCUGACCAGCCUGGCAGAUAUCAUCAUUGCAGCUGCAGGUGUUCCCGGGCUGAUCACAGCAGAUAUGGUGAAAGAUGGAGCAGCAGUCAUUGACGUGGGGAUUAACCGCAUUAAGGAUCAUAAAACGGGCAAACUCCGACUCAUCGGUGACGUGGACUUCGAGGGAGUGAAGCAGAAAGCAGGAUUCAUCACACCCGUUCCCGGAGGCGUGGGUCCGAUGACGGUUGCCAUGCUGAUGAGGAACACUGUAACUGCUGCCAGAAACGCACUGAUGCAUUGAACUCACACUUUAUAAAGCCACUGGUUUUACUGAAUGAUAAACACUGGACCCAUAUAUGCAAACAACAUCGACAAACAAAUACACUUUUAUUUAAAAUCCAUGAGCUGAAGACUCCAUACCUGCUGGGAAACUAACUUGAUAUGUACUUUAUUUAUAUUUUGUUCAUCUAUUUAAGUUAUUUAUUUCAGAGUUCACUUUUAAAGAGUUUAGAUCAAUAUUUUUUCUACUGAAGUCAUUCUGGUUCAUUUUGAACAUUCCAGAUUCACUGGAAAAGGAUAUAAAAUAAAAAGCAAUGCUGUGCUAAUA